GAGUCAACGAAGUUCACCUCCUAGAAGCGUACGACAUGCGGACGCCCCAACUUCCCCAGCACCUGAGAUGGACGAGCCUUUUGAAGAUGAAGGACUCUUGGGAGAUGAGCCCUCUCAAGAGGAGAUCGUCAACGAGGAAGAAGGCGACGGCGAAGAACUGUUUGGUGACGAUAUGGAGGCUGAUUAUAGACCCAUGCCAGCAUUAGAUCGUUACGAUCGUGCUUUGAUGGACGACGAUGAAUACUCCGAGCUGUCACAGGGUGAUCGAGUGGCUGCUGAGGCGGCAAUGCGCAAACGAGAUCGUGCGGCUGGUAUCUUCCGGGAUGACAGAGAUCUUUUGUACGAGGAUAGUGACGAAGACGAUGUACAGACUCAAAAGCGCAGACGUGCAGAGAAAGCUGCCACCGGAGAGCUGGAUGAUGCCGAGAUGAUAGAGUCAAUUGAGAAUCUAGAAGACACAAGGGGUCACUCUGUAAAAGAGUGGGUAAUGAUGCUGGGUCCAAAAACUGAAAUAGCAAAUCGUUUUAAAAACUUUUUACGAACAUACGCAGACGGCAAAGGACAUUGCUUGUACAAGGAACGUAUCCGACACAUGUGUGAAAGCAAUCAAUCUAGUUUCGUCGUCGAAUUUCCAGUACUCGCCAGUAAAGAACACGCUCUUGCGUAUUUCCUUCCAGAAGCCCCGUUCCAAAUGCUUGAAAUAUUUGACGGAGUCGCCAAAGAUUUGGUUUUGACUAUUUUCCCGAGUUAUGAGCGAGUAACUGGAGAAAUCCAUGUAAGAAUAUCCGAGCUGCCGCUUAUCGAAGAGCUCCGUACCUUCAGAAAGCUCCAUCUUAAUCAACUGGUACGAACCCUUGGAGUCGUUACAGCUACAACCAGCGUCUUACCUCAGUUAUCUGUCGUCAAGUAUGAUUGUACUAAAUGUGGUUACGUACUUGGACCUUUUGUACAGUCUCAAAACGCCGAAGUAAAGCCUGGAUCUUGUCCCGAGUGUCAGAGUGUUGGUCCAUUUAUAAUUAAUAUGGAACAAACUAUUUACCGUAAUUAUCAGAAAAUAACAAUGCAAGAGUCUCCAGGUAGAAUUCCAGCUGGUCGUAUUCCUCGUAGCAAAGAUUGUAUUUUGUUGUCUGACUUGUGCGACCGUUGUAAGCCUGGUGAUGAAGUUGAUCUAACUGGAAUUUACACUAACAGCUACGACGGAUCAUUAAAUACUGAACAGGGAUUCCCAGUUUUCUCGACUGUACUUCUAGCCAAUCAUGUUGUUAUUAAAGAUUCAAAAGAUAUCGUCGAUUCGCUGACAGAAGAAGAAGUUAAUGAUAUUUUAAAAUUAAGCAAGGAUCACCGUAUUGCUGAUCGUAUUGUCGCAAGUAUAGCUCCUUCAAUUUACGGACAUGAAUUUAUUAAGCGUGCCUUAGCACUUUCGAUUUUUGGUGGUGAAUCCAAGAACCCAGGUAACAAACACAGAAUUCGUGGUGAUAUUAAUGUUCUUCUUUGUGGUGACCCAGGUACAGCAAAGUCUCAAUUUUUGAAGUACACGGAAAAAAUAGCACCUCGUGCAGUUUUUACAACAGGACAGGGAGCAUCAGCUGUCGGUUUAACUGCCUAUGUUUCAAAGUCUGUAGCUACAAGAGAAUGGACUCUUGAAGCUGGUGCCUUGGUACUUGCUGAUCAUGGUGUUUGUCUUAUUGAUGAGUUCGACAAAAUGAACGACCAAGACAGGACCUCAAUCCACGAAGCAAUGGAACAACAAAGUAUUUCUAUUUCCAAAGCAGGUAUUGUAACGUCUCUCCACGCCAGGUGUGCAGUAAUCGCAGCUUCCAAUCCUAUUGGUGGAAGAUACGACGCCAGUAUGACCUUCUCAGAGAAUGUUGAUCUGUCAGAGCCUAUUCUUUCACGUUUUGAUAUUCUCUGCAUUGUAAAAGACGAAGUAGAUCCUAUGCAAGAUCGACAUCUAGCUAAAUUCGUCGUUAAUUCUCACAUUAAAAAUCAUCCUACUAAUGUCGAUAGAGUUUUACCACCAGAGCUAAUUGAUGACACUGCUGCUAAUGACAUUACAAUACCUCAAGAUUUGUUAAAAAAAUACAUUGUUUAUGCGCGUCAAAAUAUUCAUCCAAAACUUACAAAUGUAGAUCAAGACAAAGUCGCUAAAUUGUACAGCCAGUUGAGGCAAGAAAGUUUGGCUACUGGAAGUCUUCCCAUCACUGUGAGACACAUCGAAAGUAUCAUAAGAAUGUCUGAAGCGAGCGCUAAAAUGCAUCUACGUGAUCACGUACGUGAAGACGAUAUAAAUCUUGCCAUCAGAAUGGCACUCGACAGUUUCGUUGAUACACAAAAGUAUUCGGUUAUGAAGAGCAUGCGUCACACAUUCCAAAAGUACUUGAUGUACAAAAAGGAUCACAGCGAAUUACUGUAUUAUAUUUUGCGACAAAUUACACUGGAUACUUUGGCAUUCCAGAAAGCGCUUCAUGGCUCACGUGUCAUGACUAUUGAGGUUUCUGAAAAAGAUCUGUUGGAUAAAGCUAAACAAAUCGAUAUACAUAAUUUAGUGCCUUUUUACGAGAGCGAUGUUUUUAAGAAAAAUAAUUUUGUUUAUGAUUCCAAGAGGAAAGUUAUUGUUCAAACCUUGCCUGAAAUUGUUGAUGAAUAA